AUGCCGGGAGCUUCAGCUGAUCAGAACCCAAAUCUGAGUGAUUUGCCGGGCUACGGAUCUACAACCCAAAGUGACAACAAUGAAGAUCAACAGGUUAUGGGCGCUACCACGACGCAUGUUCCGACUGGUGGUGCUUGCCUGAACUUGGAUGGUGAAGUUGUGGAUGCCAGUUUGAGCGAGGGCCAGGGGUUUCCAGGCAGGGCCGAUGAGGGUCCCGAGCAGAGGAAUCCUGGGGCUCAGCUGAACGGGGCAACUGCAAAAGCAAAGGCCAAGGCAGUGGAAGCAGGACAGAGAAUGGGGAGCCUUUUCUCGGAGGUUUCGGCGGCAGUGCAAGGAGUGGUGAAGGCUUCUGCAGGUGUCCGCGGUCCCCCGAGAUCAUCGACGCCGGGCGCCGGCUCCGCGGGAACAGUGAGGACAACGGGAACUGCAGGGACGGGCUAUGUUUCAGCUGUGUCAGAUGUAGAUGCUGGAGAAACGGAUGUGGUUCGGACAGAUGUAGCUCCUCAAGGUCCGCUGUUCUCACCGGAGCAAGCAGAACGACUGGAGACGAUGGCGAAGGCAGCUCCUCUCUUGUACCCCGAACCUACGGCCCCGGAACUACCGCAUUCAGUGAGCUCUGAGUCUGGAGAUGCUAUUCAAACGGAGGUUCGUCGACAGCUACAGCAGUUCAUGAGUGUACAGGCAGAGCUGGAACGUAGGGCCCCUUUCAUCGCUGCCAGCACCGUCACCGCAGUGGCGCAGGUUCAAGGUCCAAUGUUGCAGCCGCAGCUGGCGCAGGUGCCCGAAGGUUCGCCUCAGGUCACAGGUCAGGUGCCAAUAGGAUUGCAGUCGCAGCUGACACAGGUGCCCGAAGGUUCGCCUCAGGUCACAGGUCAGGUGCCCACAGGAUUGCAGUCGCAGCCGACACAGGUGCCCGUAGGUCUGCCUCAGGUCACAGGAGCGGCAAGCAGCACUCACUCGGCGAGUACAGAAGUGGUCCGUCCGGGCAUAAGUGAGCUCACCAAGCUCCCUUCGCCCACCCUAGAGGGUGCGUUGGGGUUCGCAGAUUGGGUGCAUGCCAUUCGGCCAGCUAUGUCAGAUCUCAGUGACAGCUCGGGAGAGUGUUGGGAGCGGCUUUUGGCGGAUGCGCAAGACUGGUAUCACAACCAGUAUGUUCCGGCCACUCCGCUGGCUCGGGUUCGCACGAAGUAUGCCACGUCGCCUGCGGAACGGGAUGUGCGAUGGACCAGAGUGAGACACCGUAUGGAACAUCUUAUCAUCCAGGCAUGUCCCGACACCGUUAAGUCUGAGCUGAGCGCCGCGAGGAUCAGCGGAGUGAUGAGUUUGUUGUGCAAGCUCCACAUGGUUUACAAGCCGGGAGGGGUUGCAGAGCGUUCGGAGGCCUUGAGGCAGAUACAGAGCCCACUGGCGGCAGACUCGCCGAUCCUGAAGCUGCGCACGUGGCGCCGCUGGUUGGUGCGGCUCACGGACUUGGGAGGAUCGCCUCCUGAUCCGGCGGUGUGCAUCGUAGCGUUGGAAGCCAUCACAGGCAGCGUGCUGAAAAGCCUACCCAACUUGGCGUUUCGGGUCAACCUAGUGCGGGCCUCCCUCAACAUAGACACUCAGCCCUCUACAACCAAGGUUUCGGAGUUUUACGAGCACAUGCUGGCAGAGCUAGAAGGGGUUUCAAGGGUGUCUGAAGCGGCGUCCGCCGCAAGUGCAGGAAGGCCUGAUGCCAACAAGGUGCGACAGGUUGAUGCAAAGGCGUUGCAAGGGACCGCCAGCGAAAGCGCAGCCCCCGCCAAAGCCCCACACCCUAAGACCACAACCCCGCCAAGUUCAGGAGGAGAUGCAGGCAAGCGCUUGUGCCGAUGGUACCACGAUGGCAAGGGUUGCCGUAAAGGGGGUGAGUGUAGUUUUGUGCACGACUGGUCCUCGAUCCCAAAGGCCGACCGAGCUUCGCGCUGUAUGAGAUGUGGAGGCCAAGGACACAAGAAAGACACGUGCCCAGCUCCGACAGGUAGCCCCAAGGCCAGGUCUGAGGCAGGCAAUCCGAAGGCGCAUGCCAAGGAAGCACCAGCAAAGCCCAAGGCCGACGCAGGCCUCAAGAAGGUACUUUCGGAAGCAGCGGGAGUGCUACGGGAAGCGUUUAGGGCGAAUGCUGCCGAGAGUGACUCGGUUCAGGAUCCAGGAUCACCCACCGCUCACCAGGGCAUUCCAGGCGGCGAAAGCGCUUCAGCAGCCAUGCGGGCAGCUGCGGACCCUCCUGUGAUGGCGACCGCCGCUAAGAUAGAAGCGCAACUGCAAGACUUGGAGGCAAGGGUCAUGGAAGGUCAGCCACGCAUCCGCGCAGUUGAGGCAGGCGGGGGAGUGACCGAACGGGAGCAGACUGCCCUUUUGGACUCCGGGGCCACGCACGCAGUUCUCGAUCCCACCGCGGUGCGGACAACAGAUCUCUCGCCGUGUAUGGUUUCCCUAGCCGGGGAUCAGCGCCAGUGGUGGCGUCAAACUCCGGGUGGUUCGUUGGUCGCUCCUGCCAAGGAGGAAGGUGGAGAAACGCAGACGAUCCUACCGUUGGGGUCGUUGGUGGAGCAGCUCGGAUGCAGUAUCCGUUGGACGAAGAAAGCCGGCCUUCAACUUCACCACCCUCGACUGGGCAAACUGGAGACCAGCAUCCGGAGUGGAUGUCCACAGUUGAGCAAGAAGCAGGCUUUGGAACUUGUGAGGGAGCUUGAGGGAGCCCACAUUGGGGAUUUGGAGAGCCGUUUGAGAAGAAUUCAGAGCCAACUGUCGGCCCAGACCGGUCAAGGGUUCCAGAUGGUGUUGGACGAGUUCAUAUCCACAGGCUCCCAGGUCUCCGCCCAGAAGUUGGUAGACCGAAUGCCCUUCCUGAAAUGUGUGCCAACUCGGGUGACAAGCAAGUUAGCUGUGGGACUAGAGGGAGCACAAGGCUGGGAUCUCCUUAAGGCCCUUCCCGUGAAUCGGCGGUUGCGCAAGCGUCUUCAUGCGUCACAGAACUGGGUGCUUAGCUUGUGCAGCGGCAGAGGAGACCCGAAGUUGAAGGCCAGAUGUCAGGAAGAAGGAUAUGAGUUGGUCGAGGUUGACCUGCAGACGUCCCGUGGAUGGGAUCUCACCGACGCUCCGCUGUGGAAGGCCUUGUGCUGGGCAGCGUUCACCGGUCGGAUCUCGGCAAUUUUGGAUGACCCACCAAUAAGGACGUGGCAAAAGACCGACACCGGCUCAGGGAUGAUGAAGUUGCGGACCUAUGCUGAACCUUGGGGCGUGCAAGGCCUUAAGGGAACGCUGCAGGCAAAGGUGGACGAGGACACCCUCGUGAGUGUUCAACCUCUGUGGCUCUGGACCGUAGCGUCGGUGGCCAGAGGGAAAGGGGUGCCUAUGUGUUUCUCCGAAGGAGAACCUGGAGGGUCCGACGUGAGGGCUUGGAAGGAAGCAGUGAUGGAUCCCUUUGCCGAAUGGAGCAAUUGUUGCUUCUACAAGGUGCCCUGGACCUCUGUGGGCGCACAGCACACUAGGCCCCUAAGGGUGUGUUCAAACCUACAGUUUAGUCCCGAGGCCCUGCAACGACUACUGCCACAGGUGCCGAAGCCCGAGGUAGCCAAGGCGUCAUGGCCGGAAGGUUUCCGGGUACAGGUUGCACAUGUCCUGUUUGGACACGAUAUCCCAAGUCAUGCCGAAGGCAAGCGUCCCAGGGUGAGGGCGGUGGAUCGUAAGGAUCAAGGAGCGCCGUCCGAGGAGGAGGAUCUGAUGAAGGAGUUGGAUCAAAUCCCAUUGGGAAGCGAUCAGGAAGGCCCGCCCGCCGAGGCCGAGACUUCUCCAAGGGCAGCAGGCCCUAGGUCCAAGAAGGAUGGGUGCCAUGUGCCCCUCUCACCUAAGGAAAGAGACGGCUGGAAGCGUCAUUUGCAGGCACACCACUUGCCCUUCCGAAGGGAUUGCUUGCAGUGUGUUAUGAGUGGAUCGUUGGGCCUUCAGCACCGCCGGGUACGUCACCCGGCCAUGUAUGCGUUGAGCUACGACCUAGCGGGUCCCUUCAAAGAGUUAGGUAAGGAUGACCGGGGUGGAAGGUACAAGUAUGCCUUGGUGGCCGGAUUGCGUGUGCCCACCGAAGCUUUGCCGGCCCAGGCAGGUUCCAACCGACCUCGUCGAGCCAAGGUCCCAACCCAAGAAGCGCCGCAAAGCACAGCCCCUGAAGCUAAGGCGACUGACCGUAGGGAUAAGGCAGAGGUUGAGGCGUCCGAGCCAAGAGGCGUGGAGGGCAACCAGAGCGAAGGUCAUUCCGCUUUGGCGCAAGAACCGACAGUGGAAGCCGAAGAAAGGGAGUCAGUCGGUAGCUAUGAUUUGUCAGAGGUGGAGGAUCUUCAGGUUGUGGAGGAGGAACCACCCCAGGCAGAUGGAGAGCCACAAGCAGGUGAAGAGGAAGAGAUGGACCCUUGGGAGGACCGGGAAGGCAUCCUGAAGUUGAGCGACGAAGAGUUUGACGAGCAGGUGUCAAGAAUGGGUUUCUCCGGGGAAAAUCAGAUCCUUCGGUUUGUGGUUCCGAUGAAGGGAAGGUCCGGAGCUCACUUCCUUCCCGCCUUUCAGGAAGUAGUGGCCGAGUGCAAUCGUUUGGGAUACCCGGUGAAAGUGGCGCACACGGACCGUGCAAGAGAAGCCGUAUCCCGGGCAGCCACAGAGUGGAUGCAAGCCAACCUCAUCCAACCCUCGUUUACUCAAGGAGAUGACCCAAAAGCUAAUGGUUUAGCAGAACGGUUGGUAGGGUGGGUGAAGACUAAGGCAAGGUUGCACCUAGCUGCAGCAGGGCUGGGCUACGAGCAUUGGCCUACCGCGAUGGCCCUAGCGUGUGCGGAGCACCGGCACCGCGUCCUGCAGCUUCCUGGUCAGGUACAUCAAUACGGCCAGCGAGUCGUCUAUAAGUCCAAGCAUCCCACGGGGGAGUCGAAAAAGCCUUUCUUGAGAUGGGAGUAUGCAACUUACCUUACACCAUGCUCAAGGACCGACAUGGGCCAUUUGCUGCUCAGGGAAAGCACCGGAGCCUACAUCGUGGCUCGAAAUGUCCGUCCUUUGACCGAGCUCGUGGAUCCCGAAAGAGAGUUUGGUGAAGAACAAACACUCGAGGCCGAACUCCAGUCGGAACCCCCAGCAGAAGGUCCGCAGGUGAUGAGACGGGUCACAGGCAAAAGGUCAGUGAAAGCAGUGGAGCUAGCUUCAGAGCGGCUCGCAGAAGCCUUGCUGAAGGAUGGUGACUUUAGCCUGGAUGCAUGCAGCCAGGUGUUAGAAGAGUCCUUUCGAGCAGCUGUUACCCAGUCGCGCCGAACGCACAGGGGUCCUGUUGAUUUCAACGUGGUGUUGGGCGCCUAUAGUCACGGAGGAAUCCGAGGUGUCACACGCGUCAGCCGAACACGCCCAAGUUUGUGUCGCUACUUGAAUGCCUACUUGAGGGACAAGGCUUCAGAUGUUGAAGGAAAGAAGGAGUGGGCGUCUCUGAUGGUGAUGCAAGCGGACCAGGUCGCAAUGCACAAGGACACCCGGAACGAGCCGGGCACAUGGAACUAUGUUGCAACGGUGUCAGGUCGAAAACUAUGGGUUAGUCCCGUACAAUCUAGUGAAGAGCAAGGGGAGACCGACUCCGACCCCAGUGCAGAGUUCCUCGAUUCCCACGGAAGACAAGUGGUCCUGAAGGGGCGACGCUUGGGUGAGAAGGCAAUUGCAUUCGAUCCAAAGCAGCACCAUGCGCUUACGGAGCCCACCGACUGGGUGAUAGCGGGAUAUAGUCCCCUAGGAACCUCUAGGCUGCCGGAGGAUGACAGGUAUGCUCGCAUCCCUCCGGAAGAGUGGAGAGCCAUGUGUGAGUUGGAUGAAGCACAGUUUGAGGAAAGCAUCGGAAGAUGGACUCGGGUGUUGAGUGGAGCUGAUGAAGUAAGUGUAGGGCGUCUUUCAGCAGCCAUACCGAGGGGUUUGCUUGUGGGAACGCUGAGAGAUGGUGUGGACUGGAAUGCGAAUCCUAUCCUUGAGUACCGCCUGCCAACCGGGGAGGUGGUUCCAAUCGCAAGGGUGUUUCAGUUCACAGAUGAUGACAACAUGUACCUGGAUGAUUCACCCUUCCCAGACAGGCUGAUGAUGUUUGACCUGUUGGAUAUGGAAAGGAAUGUAAGGGAGGUGGUUGUUCUCCGGGUGUUGAUAGAGGAAACACUUCAAGAGCCCCCUGAGCUCGAGGAAAGGGUUCUUCAAGUGCCGGGUCCAUUGCCGAUCGAGAUACGAGCCCUCCAGGUUCCCAGGCAUCGCAAGGAAGGUACCGUUGCGGAAGAUGGUGCCCCACGGAGGCUACCAAUCCCACUGCCGAAUCCAGCCUUUCUUGAGUCUCGACGAUUCAUGAUCAGAGGUGAUGGCGCAACGGCGGAGGAGGAGCACCGUGCUUGGAAGGCCGAAGUUGCAAUGACGGAAAACUUAGAGGGGUUGCUUUCCGAUCUCAAAGAGCCACUCAGCGUGACCCACACGGCAUCACAAGCGGAGGUCAGACAGCACCUGGAGCGUUGGAGACCUGCAAUUGAAAAGGAGCUGGAGGGCUUCUCUGAUAGAAGCAUCAAGUGGGGAGCCUACACGUGCGAUAUUCGAUCAGCCUUCACGCUCACUCCCAUACCCAAGGAAGCAAGCAGAAGGUAUGUGCUGAGGCCGCCGAAAUGGCUGAUAGAGCUUGGACUCGCACAAGAGGGAGAGUGCUACACGCUAGGAAGGGUCCUCUAUGGUUUCAGAGAGGCGCCGGUUUGGUGGUCAGAGUUCAGGGAUGAUGAACUUAGAAAAGCCACCUUUGCUGGAUGCCGGCUGGUUCAAGGCAAGGCAGACCCGAGCAUAUGGAAGAUCAUGUCGGGGUCUACUUUGAAAGGGUUCCUGAUCACCUACGUGGAUGACUUCUUGGUGCUCAGUGAAGAUGCGGUUGCCAAGGCGUUUCAUGCAUGGAUCCUUGAAGGAGCGAAGUGGGAAACAGAUGGCCUCGCUGAGGCAUCCCAGGAGACCCCAGUUAGAUUCUUGGGAAUGCAGUUGAAGCGCUAUGAAGAUGGAAGUUUUACGCUGGACCAGGAGGCAUAUGUGGAUGAGCUGACAAGAGCUCACGGACUCACGCCUGCCAUGAGAUCCAAGAUCACAUGCCCCAAGGAGGUCAUGUAUGGACCGGGAGAAGAAGCUUCCGAGACGGACCAGGGCCCGCCAGAACAUGAAGCUGAGGAGGAGGGCGAAGUGACAAGGCAGGCCCAGCGAAUCGCUGGGGAAUGCCUUUGGUUGUCACAGCGCACCCGCAUGGACAUAUCGUUCACAACUUCGGUGAUGUGUUCUCUGGUGGCCACUAAUCCAGGGAAAGCCUUAGCAAUAGGUCGUAGACUGUUGAUGUACUUGGCCCAGACCCGAGACUAUAAGCUACGGUUGAAGUGCGAUCCCCAAGCCCCAAUCCUCCGCAUCUACACUGAUGCGUCGUUCUCUCCGGAGGGACGACAUUCGUAUGGGGGGCAUGUCCUGGAGUUCAAGGGUGCUCCAGCCGUGUGGAGAGCAGGUCGCCAGCAGAUCAUCGCAAUGAGCUCGGCAGAAGCAGAACUAAUCCAAGUUGUGGAGGGAUGCACGUAUGGAGAAUCGUUUCUCUCGCUGCUCGGUGAUUUACAGGUGCAGUGUAAAGGCGCUCAGGUGGAGGUUGACAACACAGCAGCCAUUGCCCUGGUUAAGGGCGGAUGCUCCCAACGCACCCGCCAUCUCAAAGUCAGGGGAGCCAAGCUGAACCAGCUUCUUCAUCAAGGAUGGUCCCUAAGUCACUGCCAGGGAGUGUACCAGAAGGCCGACAUCUUGACCAAGCCACUUCCGUCGGCUAGGUUGCGGUUUCUCUGUGAGAUGUUAGGCCUAGGUCCUGAAGAAGGCCCGGUGCAACCCAAGGUGCAAAAGGUGCAAGGGAUCGGGAAGGUGUUUAAGGUUUGCCUAGCAGGAUUGCUUGCCUCACUCCAAGGCGUAGUGUGCAAAGGUGAAACAGAAAAGCCAGCCUUGGAAGUAGAGUGGCCCUGGGAGUUGUUGGUUGCGAUGCUGUUGAUCAUCCUGUCCACGGUUUGCCUAUGGGAAACAGUGAAGGGCAGCAUGAGUCGGCAGAGGGCAGAUGAUCGGGCAGAACCCCCACGCAUUCGAGCCGUCGCUGCAACGAAGGAGAGAAGGUCGAAACGGUUGCAAGACCGGGUUACUGCAGCUAUUGAAAGUGUGGUGAGUGAGACUAGCCCGUCGGGCGGAAGUGAGCACGCACCGAAGGCAAGGCGUAACCGGAACAAGUGUCCUACAGGUGAAGGGGCAACAGGAACGGGACGCAGUCCCGUUAUUCAGGCAGGGGUAGUGCAUGUCCAUGGCCCCAAUGAUCCUAGGGCAGAUGCCACUGCCGUCCACCACCCGUUGUGGACACAGCCCGCUUCGUCAUCCACUUCAAUGCCACCGGGGUUCGCCAACCCACAUGCCGAUCUGAUACCUCCUCCUCCACCAGAGACUUAUCAAGUUCAGCCGCCGCCAGGGCCGUACCCAACUGCACAGUUCCAGGGUUCUGGGAUAGCAGGGACUCCAAAUCCACCGAAGCCCCAGAUGGUUUCACAGAUUACUCAAACCGAUCCGGUAAUUGUUUUGAGCCCUGAGUCCUCGGUCUACAAUUCGGCUGGAGGUCAUUGCAUUCAUAUGGAGAUUGGUUGCAGAGGACUAAGGAAUGCAGGGCAUAUUCACACGAAGAACGUGUGCCAGUACUGCCUCCGGAAGGCAGGACCACGAAGUGGUUUUUGA